CAUUCAGUGACAGUUGGAUAAACGCAAGAAACAGCUUGUAACAUUCCCAGUAAAAUACCCAAAAGAUAUUAAAAUAAAGCAAAAACGAAAUUUCAUGCCGUUGUCUAUGUGGAAAGAGUCGGCGGGACAGAGAACAAAAACCCUAACCCUAACCCCAAAAUCAUCCUAUAUAAAACCCCUCUUCUUCUUCUUGAUUCCCAAACCCAUCAUCCAUCUCUCUCUCUAUAAAUCAGGAAUUGCAUAUUUUUCUGUCCCAGAAAAGUUUUGAUCUUGCGAAUUGAAUUGUGAAUGGUAGAAAUCCUAAAGAAUUUGUUAAUGAUCUCCCCUUUAUCUCCAAAAAGGGGGAUCUCUGUUUCUUCUGCUUUCUCCUUUGGAUCUUGCAAAGAAGGCUGGUACUUUCGUUGCCUUGGCCUUGACCCUUGAACCCAUUUCUUGAAACAACACAAAUCUUCAAUUUUUUCCCCUGAUUUCUUUUCUUGGUUUAAUUCAAAUUAAAAAAAAAAAAAUUGAUUUACAAAACAAAAAGACAAGAUGUUGCUUUACAAGGCAAAGAAGAAUCAAAGUGGAAAAGGAAAGAGGCUAUUGAUAAGCAUAACGGUUCUUGGAAGUGCGGGUCCGAUCCGGUUUGUUGUUAAUGAAGAGCAACUUGUUGGCGAUGUUAUUCAUACUGCUUUGAAAUCUUAUGCUCGUGAAGGUCGCCUCCCUGUUCUUGGUUCUGACUUCACUAACUUUGUCCUUUAUUGCCCCACUGCUGCUACUCAAGCUUUGAGUCCAUGGGAGACCAUUGGAUCGCUUGGAGUUCGUAAUUUCGUGCUGUUCAAGAAGGCAUCACAGGCAGUUGACGACGGAAAACAGUCAGCAAUGGUUCGAAAGGGAGCUGGAAGCUGGAAGGCAUGGUUUAAUAAGUCUGUCGCUCGCAAGAUAGCCUCUCACUGAUUGAGAUGGGUUUAAUCUUAAUCUGUCGCAUAUUACGUGUUACAUGCGACCUAAUAAACAGUUAUGUGUUUUCUAUAAUUGCUGUUUAGUUCUUGUUUGUGUUCAAUGUGUUGUUUUCUUUGAACCAGUUAUAAAGUUCUGUUGGUGUCUCUUUGAUUCACUGAUAAGUCUAGUUCCUCUGUUAUUGUUUCUACUACUGGAGUUGUAGUAUGUGGUUUAAUUAAAGCUGGGAGGGGUUAGUUCCAAUUUGAUGACUGAUUCUUGUUGGCA